AUGCCCACACCCUCUCCCUACCUACACCCUCUCCAUGCCCACACCCUCUCCAUGCCCACACCCUCUCCAUAUCCACACCCUCUCCAUGUCCACACCUUCUCCAUAACUACACCCUCUCCAUACCCACACCCUCUCCAUACCCACACCCUCUCCAUGCCCACACCCUCUCCCUACGUAAACACUCUCCAUGCCCACACACUCUCCAUGCCCACACCCUCUCCAUACCCACACCCUCUCCCUGCCCACACCCUCUCCAUAACCACACCCUCUCCAUACCUACACCCUCUCCAUACCCACACCCUCUCCAUGCCCAGACCCUCCCCCUACAUACACCCUCUCCAUGCCCACACCUUCUCCAUACCUACACCCUCUCCAUGCCCACACCCUCUCCAUGCUCACACCCUCUCCAUACCUACACCCUCUCCAUGUCAACACCUUCUCCAUAACUACACCCUCUCCAUACCCACACCCUCUCCCUGCCCACACCCUCUCCAUACCUACACCCUCUCCAUGCCCACACCCUCUCCCUACCCACACCCUCUCCAUGCCCACACCCUCUCCAUGCCCACACCCUCUCCAUACCCACACCCUCUCCAUGUCCACACCUUCUCCAUAACUACACCCUCUCCAUACCCACACCCUCUCCCUGCCCACACCCUCUCCAUACCUACACCCUCUCCAUACCUACACCCUCUCCAUACCUACACCCUCUUCAUGCCCACACCCUCUCCAUGCCCACACCCUCUCCAUGCCCACACCCUCUCCAUACCCACACCCUCUCCAUGUCCACACCUUCUCCAUAACUACACCCUCUCCAUACCCACACCCUCUCCCUGCCCACACCCUCUCCAUACCUACACCCUCUCCAUACCUACACCCUCUCCAUACCUACACCCUCUUCAUGCCCACACCCUCUCCAUGCCCACACCCUCUCCCUACCUACACCCUCUCCAUGCCCACACCCUCUCCAUGCCCACACACUCUCCAUGCCCACACACUCUCCAUACCCACACCCUCUCCCUGCCCACACCCUCUCCAUAA